AUGUUCUUCAAACGAUUCGCUACUAGUUCUCGGAAAACUUCGACUAAUUCAAACUCUGACGCAUCAUCCACAUCUUCAGAAUCCACAUCACUGCCAAUUCUCAACGGAGGGAAGAAAACUGGCGAACCUACGCGAAAAGGGACUGUCCACCGACAAAGUGGCAAGAAAGCACGACGAAAGAUGAUGGAAAAUCCCUAUGUGUGCAGUCUGGAGCUAGACGAACUAUCGGCAGACGAUUCCAUCAUCGACUAUUCGGUGUUCAGUGAUGACUCGUUUCUUCUCAUUUUGCUGCUCACUUCGACAGGAGACGUUCAAGCUUAUCUGGAGACGAGUCGAGAUACAAAACCGCGAAAAAAUGUUGUGAACAUCAAAACGACGUGCUCAAUUAGUGUCAAUCCGGUGACGGUGUGCAUUGGUGAGGAGCAAGCUGCAUUCGUUAUCUUUGGCCUUGGCGAUGGGAAUCUUCUCGUAACUCCAAUUAGGAUUUUAAUUGAUGUGACGUGGGGCGGUUCGUCAUGGGCGACAAAUACUGUCAUCGAUCUGGGUCUACCAUCUGUGGAUCCGUGUUUGGCCACGCCCACCUGCACCAAGUGCUUCAUCUCCAAUUUUCCGCCUUGCACGAUGGCUGUGGUUGCGAAUAAAGCAGGAAACAUCCUUCUCGUGGACUUGCACCUCAGGAAAUGUGUCUCAGAGUUGAAAGCACCAGAAAGCUUGCACCAGAUUGACAUACUUCUUGAUGAGAACUCCAUCGAACUCUUAGUCACGGGGUUUACCGGAGCACAAUGGUUGAUUCCGAUCGAGAGAGGAGGGAAAGGGUUUCGAGAAGUGUUGACAACAUGCGUACCAUCAGAUCUUAGUGUGCUAGAACCAGCCACGAUGCAGUUCUUCGCAGCCGACACUUGUGGCGUUAUUGCCUUGGAUACUGCUGAUUCGAUAGUCGAAGUCUACAACACGUUUCAUUCGCUAGCCCAUUCAUCAAAAAGAACAUAUAAAGUCCCGCCGGAAACAUGGAUGGUUCAUGCUGGGGACAACGUUCUUUUCACAGUUUCAAAUGAGAAUGAGAUCAGGAGCGCUCUUCAUUUUGGGUUUAUGUCAACACGACUGGAGUAUUCGCUGGUACGAUCUUCGACUAAUUGGCGCCCGCUUGGAAUCGUCGCGAUGCCGUCUCGCCAGCACAAAUUAGCUGGAAUAUUUGUUGUGAAUGAGCGUGGUUUGGUUCGUGUUGAACAGUCGAAUGCCUUAAGCCUCAUAAAGAUCGUAUCCGAGUUCUUCUUCCGACUCUCCCCCCUUCAGCUUACUUCGAAGUCGGUGGCUCAGGUCGCAAAUGCGUGCAGAAUUGAUACAGCCGAAUUUCAAUCCGCACUGAUUCCGAAUCUGUUGGGCGCCAGGAAGAAUCGCCUUCUGACGAACAAGGAGUUGGCACAGAUCUACGCGAUUUCAAAGUGCAUCAAUCUAUCAAUGUCGGACCUGCUUAAAGCGUUCGAGAAUGAAUCGAUUGGUGAACAACUGCUUCCCGAGGUGUUGAACACAAUUCAAACUAAUCCAUCGAAGCAUGACAAUCUGAUGCAACGAGUCGUUGAGAUGUUUGUGAAACGAGCGAUUUCGGCAGAAGGGAAUAUGGAAAAGAUUCGAGAGUACGAUGCAGAGUUGUCAAACUUCUUAGCACGGCAUGAGCAUCUUCACAAAGGAGCAGUCGAAUGUGCGAAAGUUAGAAUGUGGAAAUGCACGCAAACACUCGUGAGGAGGGAUUCUCAUGAAACGAACUCAAUUACUGCUCCAACAGAAGUUCUGACUUACAUCGUCAAAAAUGGAAUUCAGAUUUGGAAAGCUCUGAAUUCAACUGAUCGCCUGCAAGUGAUGUCCCUCGUGUGUAAUCUGGAUUGGUCAAAAUUGGCAGACACGGAUGGUGCCAGAGUAUGUGCUCUUCUAUCGGCAUGGCAAAGAGAUAUAAGUCUCCCUUCGUACCAUGAAAUGUGUCUCCGAGUAGCCAUCACCAAUGCAGACCGUUUCCCUAGACCCUGCCAAAUCCUCUCCUUGGUCUCGUCCGUUCACAUUCUGGCUGAGAAGAAAAUUAUAAAUCCAUCUAACCUUCCCGAUUUCCUUCCGCUUUCCGGUGGUAACAAUUGUGGUGCAGCAAUCGCAGAGGACGAUCGACUUAUGAUUUGGGGAAAUUUCACGAAUGCGCAACAGAGAAUGGAGAUGCCACAAAUCAAUGCAAAAGCGAAAAGGUCAGACUCUGCGACGAAUGGAACUCCAGCAGCACCACCACCAAAGCCAGAACAACAGCUUCCUCGAGUACUCGAAUAUCCAGGUGGUCGGCCGAGAGCCAUUGCCUGUGGAGCAGAACACAUUCUUGUACUGUCUUCUUCUGGACAAUUAUCCGCUUGGGGAGGAAAUAAGCACGGACAGUGUGGUGUUGGACAUGCAUUUAGACUUGCCAACCUGCAGCAAAUCGAUGGAGAUUGGCCUUCAAUUGAGAAAAUUGCAUGUGGCCAAUUUCACUCUGCAUUCAUUUGCUCUGAUGGAUCUCUAUGGACGUUUGGAUGGGGGAUCUGGGGACAACUCGGACAAGGCGGACGUUUCAACUCGAACAUUCUUGUUCCAACUAAAGUAAACGGAUUGAUUUCGAAAGUAACACAAGUUGCAUGUGGAAGAGCUCACACUAUUGUGUUGACCGAGAACGGAAGAGUAUUGGUCUGUGGAUCUGGGAGCUACGGGCAAAUGGGAGUGGAUAAGGAUAUCAAAAAGUCGUUUUCUUUCACACCUCUUCCUCUCGGACCAUUUCGUGUCAAUUUUAUUGCGACUCAUUAUUAUCAUUCCAUUUGUGUCACUGAUGAAAACAGGAUAUUCGAAUGGGGGCGUAAUCCACAAGAGCUAAAAAUGCGAAUGUUUGUUAUGAAGAAGAUUCGAAGUGCUCAAUUGAAAAACACCGAAGAUGCAAAUUCACCUACUCCUACUCCCACUGUCAAUGGAACUGCUCCACGUGUCAAUCUCAAUCUACCAGCUGAAAUUCCAAGAGAAGACCUUGGUCUUCGAGAAGUCAAACAUUUUUUGGACGGAAGUAUUGUUAAGAUAGCAUGUGGUCUGUCCCAUUCGGCAUUGAUAACCUCUGAAGGAUCGUUGUACACAUGGGGAAAAGGUCUUGAUUAUCAAUUGGGUCACGGAAACAAGACUGAACGGAUGGAACCUCAUCAAGUCUUUGAACCGAAUGAAGUGAAAUGGACAAACGUAUCCCUUGGUAACAAUCAUACCAUUGGAUCCACAGAUGACGGAUCGGUUUACGCGUGGGGGAAGAAUGAGUUUGGGCAGUGUGGAGUUGUUACAAAGAAGAAUGGAACAACAUCCGAUGCAUCGAAGAAAUUCUUCUUCCAAGCGAGAGAUGGCCGUAGAUUCAUGCCAAAUGUCGAUGACAGUCAAUUCGUACAGAAGCCUGGUUCCAUUCCUGAUGUUCGAGUCAGAACGUCGAAAAACAGUGAGUUGGAAGGUGUCGACAAGGAAGAGUUUGUGGAUAGGCUGAAAGCAUCGGAUAUCACCGUUGUUCAAGCUGUUUCAAAACAUUUGUGCAAUCCAAUUGAAUUGAAAAUGAAUGGGAGCAGUAUCAUUGAAGAAGAAAAUGAUAGUAGUACGGAGAAAGUGAAACAGGAAGUCUAUAAUAGAGAAGACGGACCACUCUGUACAACGACUGCGCUCGUUCAUUUGAUUGCUGGUGAUGUUAAAAAAGCGAUUCGAAUGAUUGAAUGGUUGAAAAAAGACGGUGCAACAAGUAACAAAUCUCUGCUAGCACUAUCCUCUCUCGUUUGGGACGUCAUGGCAAAUCAUGAAGACGUGCAAUCUCGUGAAGCUCUGUCUGCUGCGUUCCGACAUGUGCCGAUGUCUGAUUCUAUGCGGAAAGGAAAGCAAAUCGCUCAGCUGUGGCCGUCUGUAUGGAAUGAUGAACGUGUUCAAAGUACACUCAGCAUUGAUGAAAAGAUUGCGAUGCUCGAUUCGUUCACAACUGCCUCGAAACCUGUGAAUUGUCCUACGAUCCCCUCAUCGUCUCUGGAUGUAUCUUCCAAAAUUCGUGUAUAUGCUCAGUGUGCUCACGCGGAGCCUGCCGUCGUGGGCUCACCUCCUGAAUGCUCAACUUGUCUGGAUGAAUGGACCGAAAAAGUUCGCCACACUCUUGGGGCAUCACUGUAA